AUGUUCCGCUGCCGCGCGGGCCCGGCGCGCGCCCUGCCCCCGCCGCGGGGACGCGCCCACGCGGGCACGUUGUUGCAGCGCUGGAAUGUGCCCCCAGACCUGCAGCUGAGCAGACAAGUGGCUAGCACAGGCGUGCCUGGGCAAAAGGGCAGUAAUUCGGUUUUUGUCCUUAUUGUGGGCUUGUCCACCUUAGGAGCAGGUGCCUAUGCAUACAAAACAAUACAGGAGAGCAAAGAGCGAUACGCCAGCCGGCUCGCGACGAUAGCCAGGCAAUCCCAAGACCAGGAGUCCUCUGCCUCAGCUCCGGUCACUCCUCCCAAGGUCCCAUCCCACGUCCCUUUCCUGCUCAUUGGCGGAGGAACUGCUGCUUUCGCUGCUGCCAGAUCCAUCCGGGCCCGCGACCCUGGCGCGCGGGUGCUGAUUGUGUCUGAAGAUCCCGCCCUGCCCUACAUGCGUCCACCCCUUUCCAAAGAACUGUGGUUUUCCGAUGAUCCCAAAGUGACAGAGACGUUGCGAUUCAAGCAGUGGAAUGGCAAGGAGAGGAGUAUCUAUUUCCAGCCGCCAUCUUUCUAUGUGCCUGUCGAGGACCUGCCUUCUGUGGAAAAUGGUGGGGUGGCAGUUCUGCCUGGCAAGAAGGUUGUGCACAUGGAUGUCAGAGGGAACACAGUGAAGCUUAAUGAUGGGACCCAGAUAUCCUACGACAAAUGUCUCAUUGCCACUGGGGGAUCCCCAAGGAACCUGCCUGCCAUCGAAAGAGCAGGAAAAGAUGUGCAGAAAAGGCUGACCCUGUUCCGAAAGAUCGAGGACUUCCAAAGGCUGGAGAAGAUUUCCAGAGAAGUCAAAUCCAUCACAAUUAUUGGUGGUGGUUUCCUUGGCAGUGAGCUGGCCUGCGCUCUGGGAAGGAGAGCACGAACCCGAGGCCUGGAGGUGAUCCAGCUGUUUCCAGAGAACGGCAACAUGGGCAAAGUCCUGCCCGAAUACCUGAGUAACUGGACCACGGAGAAAGUCAGAAGAGAGGGUGUCAAUGUCCUGCCUAAUGCCGUGGUCAAAUCCGUCUCUGUCUCCGGCAACCGGCUGCUGAUUAAACUGAAGGAUGGCCGGAAGGUGGAGACAGAUCACAUCGUGGCUGCAGUGGGGCUGGAGCCCAAUGUGGAGCUGGCCAAGUCAGCAGGGCUGGAGGUGGACUCUGACUUUGGGGGGUUCCGGGUGAACGCAGAGCUGCAGGCACGCUCCAACAUCUGGGUGGCAGGGGAUGCUGCCUGCUUUUAUGACAUCAAACUGGGCCGCAGGCGUGUGGAGCACCAUGAUCAUGCCGUGGUGAGCGGGAGAUUGGCUGGAGAAAACAUGACAGGAGCUGCAAAGCCCUACUGGCACCAGUCCAUGUUCUGGAGUGAUCUGGGCCCCAACGUGGGGUACGAAGCCAUUGGCCUCGUGGACAGCAGUUUGCCCACAGUGGGAGUGUUUGCCAAGGCGACAGCGAAGGACACGCCAAAAAGCGCAACAGAACAGUCAGGGACUGGAAUUCGAUCUGAGAGUGAAACAGAAGCGGAAGCCUCAGAAGUUCAGAUCUCUCAAAGCUCUUCACCAAUGCCUCAAGUCCCAAAGCAAGGAGAAGAUUACGGCAAAGGUGUCAUUUUCUACCUCAGGGAUAAGGUCGUGGUGGGAAUUGUGUUGUGGAACAUCUUCAACAGGAUGCCCAUUGCUCGGAAGAUCAUCAAAGAUGGGGAGGAGCAUGAGGACCUCAAUGAAGUAGCAAAGCUCUUCAACAUCCACGAAGAUUGAACUCCACAGCAGGAACACCUGGAGGGAAUGGGCUGCUGGCUGUGUGCAUCCCUGCACCUUGGGCAGCUUCCUGGGAGCACUUGGGAAUAUUCCACUCACCCAAGCCCAGUGUUUGCACCAAUAAAGUCAGAUUGUUCUA